AGAACCUUAACAGAGCGAACAAAACAAACAGAGCAAUUUUCUUUAUAACCUGUAAAGAUGGCGUCGGCGAGUACUUGGAUGUUGUCGUUAAAGAUGCUCUUUAUUUCUACGGGUAUAUUGGGAAUAGCUAUGGAGCUUAAAGUCUCUGUUCCAUUAAUUCUGGAAUUUUGUGUCUCUCAAGCUCCGUUAUGGUGGAGUACGUUCCGUUCUUGGCUCGAGCCUCCGUACCUUUACGUCAUUAUCAAUGGAAUCAUCAUCACAAUUGCAGCAUCGUCGCGGUUUAACCUAAACAACAGCGAGAAAGAUCAGACGGAGCAGAUACAACAGCAACCGAAGAUCUCGGUGGAUCAACGGCCAGUGGAGGAGUACGAUAUAAAGAGCGGCUGGGAAUCCGAUGUAGUAGAAUCCAAUGUUUUCCUUUACGAGCAAAAUCAUAGAGGAAAAGAAGUGGAAACGAUGAUUAUUGAGGACGAGAACAAUGUGGCGGUUGAAGAUGACCGAAAUGGAGAUGACGAGUUCGUUAUAUCCAUGUCGGAGAUUAUUCCUCCAACUAGAACGAUUUCUUCGGAGAUUCCAUUGGAUGCUCUGUUUCCACAGGAGAAACCUGCGCUUUCUUCUAGAUAUGGUCACCGGAAACAUGUCAAAGCCAAUCUUGAAGGUGGGCUAGCGUUGAGAGUGGCGAAGCCAAAACGGCAUGAGACGCUGGAGAACACGUGGAAGAUGAUAAUGGAAAAGAAAGCAAAGCCGCUGUCGAGACACUUGCAGAAGUCGGACAAAUGGGAAAAUCACGGCCGAGAUAUCAACAUGCAGGCAUCGCCUGUGAUGAAGAAAUCAGAAACGUUCAGGGACCGGACUAAUUAUGAGCUGCCACCUGUACCAGUAAGCUCUUUUCCGACUUGGGGAAAGCCGAGGAAAGAACCGUCACUGAGUCAGGAAGAGUUGAAUCGUCGGGUGGAAGCUUUUAUACAGAAAUUUAACGAGGAGAUGAGGCUACAGAAACAAGAAUCGCUUAAUCAGUAUAUGGCGGAAGUUGGCCCCUAA